GAUGUCUCAAGUAUUGUCAUUUUCCAUCAACCAUGGCUAAAUUCACAGUUGGCCUUUUAGUUGGAUCCCCCCGCCUCAAGAAUAAUUCUGGUGGCAUAGCAUCGUGGAUCCACUACCAGCUCAAGGCCUUGCACCCCGACUACCAGGUAAAAAAGUUUACACCUACCACUCCAUUGAAUCUUGUUUCCACUCCAAUCAACUCGGUCAGUCCCAGGAAUAUUAAGGACGGCUCAUAUGAAGAUGCUAUUAUCAGGACUUGGAGCAAGGAGGUUUCUUCCUGCAAUGCCAUCAUUUUUGUGACGCCAGUGUAUAACCACAGUUAUACUGGCCAAUUGAAAAUCAUGAUUGAUCACUUAUUCCACGAGUUUUUCGGCAAGCCGGUGAUUCUUAUAGUCCAGGGCCCAACUUCUGCCAGUCUCGGACUUGACCAUCUUCGUGCACUCGUCAACAAAUACCAGAUGAAUGUUGUUGACGAGUUAUCUAUGAAAAUUCCAUACGAGUAUGUUUCCAGCCCCAAAAGAGUUGCAUCUGAGUUUGAUGGAACUUAUACCAAUGAUCCCUUUCUCAAAGAAUGGGAGCUCAAGCUCCAAGAAGCUAUCGAAAAGCUUGAGCUGUAAUUAACACACUUGAUAGAAUUUGUCACUGUUAGAGAGAUGGGUUUUGGGUGUAAGUCAAUGGUAUCCCAAUUAUUCACAGACUCCGUACUGACAGUGUACAACAGCAGCAUUUUUAACAGCAGAAUUUCGGCAUGUAUAAACCAGUAGACUAGUAAUAGACUUGAGAUGCCAAUAAAUUAUUGCCAAAUUUGAUUUGUAGCUGUGGAACGAACUUAUAUGUUCCAAAACUUUCGGAGCCGAGCAGGGUUUUGUGGUAUUGGUGCAGGAGCCACAUUUGCUGCAAACUCAAAAUGGUUGAGCACAAUGACGCUUAUGUAGCAGUAUCCACAAAUAAGUACCGUACAGAUUCAUCUUCAAAUAUAUUUGCAUCAUCAUAUAUAUAUAUUAACCAGUAAUUAUAAAUUGAAACGAAAGCUUUAUCCUACUGGGAAAAAGCCCAUGUGUUUUAUAAUUUUCAAGGUCUAGACACUCUAAUAGCAAAAAAAGUACGGCACUAGGAUUGUACUAAGUCUCCUUUGCGCCCAAAAGUUUAAAGUUUAUUUGCAACGGUGGCGUUUCAGGUCCAUAUAGAUCAUUUUGUGUCUUGUAGCUCUGAGAAUUAUUUUGAAGAAAAAGACGAACUAAUCAACACCAGUGACCACAAGCUUUGAACCAUCGAGUCCUGAACUACUCUGAUUUCAUUAUUUUGGCGUUGCUACAUGUUAGAAACCCUUUUAUACCUGGAUUUUGGAUCACCCUGUAUCAUCUGGCAGCACAUGGAUGCUUAAAGUUUCAACCUUGAAAUUGGCUUCACACUAAUUCAGGCACUUGCACGUCCACCAACAAUAAAUCCAGAACCAUAGCUACCAAAAUGGCCUUGGCAGUUCUAUUAUUCUGAGUUUAUUGUAAAGUACUUCCGAAUAGCCUGGAAAAUGCGCAAAUUGCUAUUCGUAAAAACUGGUAUGAUGAACACCUAUCCUUGAAAUAUGACCAGCUCUCAUUGGAACAGUGGGUGUCAAAACCUCCUUAUUGGUGGUUUUCAUGGUUCCUUGGUCAAGCUAUCUAACGUUUUUAUGCUCUAAUUGGCUAGUAUUUAAUAGCAAGCUAAUCGUAUGAUUAAUCAACGUCGCAAAAAGAUCACUUGUAAACGAAAUCAACCCCGAAUCACAUUCCGAUUCCUUAUGAGUUACCAACUGCUCAGUUACCAGCCGUUCGUCAUUGGCAAGGCGUUCUGGUUCGGGUUA